GCUGCCUUGGUGAGGGGUCCAGAGGGAUGACAGCGUGGGAUGGCAACCUCCCAGCUGGUGCUGUCCCUGCUGGCUGCAGCUCUCCUGCUGCACUUGGCCACUGCGCUGAAGGUCGGAGCCUUCAACAUCAAGGCCUUUGGGGACACCAAGAUGUCCAACCAGACCGUGGCAAACAUCAUCGUCUCUAUCCUGUCGGAGUACGACAUCAUCCUGGUGCAGGAGGUCCGGGAUGCCGACCUGAGCGCCGUGGACAAGCUCAUGGACCAGCUCAACAGGUGACCUGCUUCGGGGCAGCCCUACAGCUUUUUGGUCAGCAUCCCCCUGGGUCGGACCAGCUACAAGGAGCAGUACCUCUUCAUCUACAGGUCAGACAUGGUCUCCGUGCUGGGAAGUUACUACUACGACGAUGGCUGUGAGUCCUGUGGGAACGACACCUUCAGCAGGGAGCCCUUCAUUGUGAAGUUCUCCUCGCCCACCACACAGGUUCAGGAGCUGGUGUUGGUGCCCCUGCAUUCCGAGCCCAGCCAUGCAGCAGAAGAGAUCGACGCGCUCUACGACGUCUACACCGAUGUCAUCAACAAGUGGGGGACUAAUGACAUGAUCUUCCUGGGUGACUUCAACGCCGACUGUGCCUACGUGACCAGCUCACAGUGGCCGUCCAUCCGCCUGCGCUCCCUGCGCGCCUGUGAGUGGCUCAUCCCCGACAGCGCCGACACCACCGUGGCCGACACCGACUGUGCCUACGACCGCAUCGUUGCCUGCGGCACCGCCCUGCGCCAAGACAUCGAUCCCGGCUCCGCCACCGUCAACAACUUCGAGCAGAAAUUCCACCUCCAGCGCAAGGAUGCUUUGGCCGUCAGUGACCAUUUCCCUGUGGAGGUGACCCUGAAACGAGCUGUCAAACUGCCUGUGCCAGCUCCACAGGCUGCUCGAGGCAGUGCCCGUCAUGACACGCUGUUGAUGGGGACUGUGACUCUGGCAUUGUCCCUGCUGGCUGUGGCUCUCCUGUGCCCGGCCACUGCCACCCUGCGCGUCGGUGCCUUCAACAUCCAGGCCUUCGGUGACACCAAGAUGUCCAACAAGGAGGUGGCAGAGAUCAUCAUCAACAUCCUGCGCCGCUACGACGUGGUGCUGGUGCAGGAGGUGCGCGACUCCGACCUCAGCGCCGUCACCGAGCUCAUGGAGCAGCUCAACAGUGCGUCCAAGUCCCCAUAUGACUACGAGAUCAGUGGCCCCCUGGGACGGGAGAACUACAAGGAGAUGUACCUCUUCAUCUACAGGACAGAUGUCGUGUCUGUGGUGAACACCUACCAGUACAAGGACCGCCAGGACGUCUUCAGCCGGGAGCCGUUCAUCCUGAGGGUCUCAGCGCCCCGCACCAGUGAGCAGGGGAAAAGUGGCCCUGGGUGGUGGCAUUGGGUGGCUGUAGAGGAGUUUGUGCUGGUGCCCCUGCACUCAGCCCCACACGAUGCCGUCGCCGAGAUCGACGCUCUCUACGACGUCUACCUGGACAUCGUCAACAAGUGGGGGACUGACAACAUCAUGUUCCUGGGUGACUUUAAUGCCGACUGUGCCUACGUCCAGCCCAGUGACUGGUCGUCCAUCCGCCUGCGCACCAGCGACGUCUUCAAGUGGCUGAUCCCCGACAGCACCGACACCACCGUGGGCAAGUCAGACUGUGCCUAUGACAGGAUCGUGGUGUGUGGGGCGAAGCUGAAGAGAAGCAUCGUGUCAAAUUCAGCUGCUACCUACAAUUUCCAGCGUGCUUUCCAGCUGGACCAGGAGGAGGCCCUGGCAGUCAGUGACCACUACCCGGUCGAGGUGAAGCUCACGGCCUGA